AUGAGAGCUGUGAUUCAAUGUCCAACGCUAAGAAAUGCACUUGAACACAUCUUCGCCUCCUUUUCAGUUGAUUAUCUAAGACCUGUACCCACUACAAUUCAAUCCACAUUUAAUUGGAUCACCCUUCAAUUAGCCGAUCCACUCUGGGAUUAUACCAUCGAAGUCAGCCAAGAGCCACUAGUCAGAAUCAAGGAGAAUCUCCUCAAAGCUCAACAAUCCAAAUUGUCUCAGAGGGAAGCAUAAGAAACCAUUGAUCUUCUCAAUCAAGAUCAGAGACAUGUGUUAGACAGUGGAAUCACACCCAAUCAACUCCCCAACCUUAUUGAACACAAUCCUGAUCUAUCAAGCUUUCUGUUGGCUCGCAUCAAUCAAUGCGGCAUCAGCAUCCAUGAAUACUUCGAAUGCUUGAUUUAAAUGAAGAUAUCACUACAGAGUUUGGAAGUUGUCAACAAACUCUCCAAUUCAAUCAAAUUGCCUGAAGCCUUCCUCCACAUGUAUCUGUAAAAGUGCAUCCUGUAUUGUGAAGAAUUGCAACCCAAACAAUAGAUGGUGUCAAGAUAUGUGAGAUUGGUAGCUGUCUUCAUCAAAACCCUCAUCAAAUCAAAAACCCUAGAUCCAAAAAGAAUGUUCACUGAAAUAUAAGGAUUCUGCAUCGAGUUCUCAAAGAUCCCUGAGGCUUCAUUGCUAUUCAAACAACUCAAAGAGACAGGCGUAGAAGAAAAAUAACAUCAGUGA